AUGGCUAUUAAAAGUGGAAAUCUUGAACUUAUUAAAUAUUUACAUGAAUUAGGGUAUAAAGGUGAUAAAUUAGCAAUUAGUUAUGCUUUUGAAAAUGCUGCUAAAAAUGGAAAUCUUGAACUUAUUAAAUAUUUACAUGAAUUAGGGUAUGAAGGUACAUAUUUGACAUUUGAUUUAGCUGUUAAAAGUGGAAAUCUUGAACUUAUUAAAUAUUUACAUGAAUUAGGGUAUAAAGGUACAGAAUUUGCAAUAGAUGAAGCUGUUGAACAUGGAAAUAUUGAAAUUUUUAAAUAUUUACAUGAAUUAGGGUAUAAAUGUACAACAUGGACAAUAUUAUGUGUUGCUAAAAAUGGUCACCUUGAAGUAAUUAAAUAUUUACAUGAAUUAGGAUAUAAAGGUAAUGAAUGGACAAUUUUUUCUGCUGUUGAAAGUGGAAAUCUUGAACUUAUUAAAUAUUUACAUGAAUUUGGAUAUAAAGGUAAUGAAUGUGCAUUUAAUUGUGCAGUAAUUAAACAGCUUUUACAUGAAAAUACGCAUAAAGGUGCAGGUAAUAAAGUUGAUUUUGCUGCAAGUAUAGGCAGAAAUGAUCUUAUUAAAUUAUUAAAUCAAUUAGGUGAAAAGAGUACAGAAGAUGUACAAAAAUAUUUACAAUCAUUAGGUUAUAAAGGUAUAAAAGAUGCAAUAGAUAAUGCUGUAAAAAAUAGUCACCUUGAAGUAGUAAAAUAUUUAAUUGAAUUAGGGUAUAGAGGUGCAGAAGAUUCAAUUGAUUUUGCUGUAAGUAUUGGUCGAAUUGAAAUAGUUAAAUAUUUACAUGAAUUAGGGUAUAGAGGAACAGAAAAUGCAAUUAAUGAAGCUGCAAAAAAUGGUCACCUUGACGUAGUAAAAUAUUUACAUUCUAUUGGAUAUAGAGUAGAAGAAUGGACAUUUUAUCUUGUUGUAUACAAAGGUUACCAUGAAAUAGUUAAAUAUUUACAUGAAUUAGGGUAUAGAGGUGCAGAAGAUUCAAUUGAUUUUACUGCAAGUAUUGGUCAAAUUGAAACAGUUAAAUAUUUACAUGAAUUAGGGUAUAGAGGAACAGAAAAUGCAAUUAAUGAAGCUGCAGAAAAUGGUCACCUUGAAGUAGUAAAGUAUUUAUAUUCGAUGGGGUAUAGAGGAACAGAAAAUGCAAUUAAUGAAGCUGCAAAAAAUGGUCACCUUGAAGUAGUAAAGUAUUUAUAUUCGAUGGGGUAUAGAGGAACAGAAUAUGCAUCAUCUAAUGCUGUAGAAAAUGGUAAAAAAUUGAAGUUAUUAGCAGUUCAUCUAAAACUGUAUUCUUUGGACGUCAACAAAGCAUGUGGUAGCGAUGGUAUUAGUCCUUACGUAGUUAAAAAUUGUUCAAGUAGUGUAGCAACUCCAUUAGCUUUAAUUUACCGAAAAUCAAUUGAAACAGGAAAAAUUCCUUGCAAAUGGAAAGAAGCAAAUAUUACUCCAAUAUUCAAGAAUGGAAAUACAACAGACCCGCUUAACUACUGA